AUUGGGCGACCUGGAAGGAGGCUGGCUCCAGAUUAGAGUGCUUUGGGCCAUGGCGGCAGCCGAUUUGCGGGCGGAACUAGACUCGCUGGUCCUGCAGCUGCUCUGGGACCUGGAAGAGCUGGAGUCAAAGCGGGCGGCGCUGAACGCCCGGGUGGAGGAGGGCUGGCUUUCGCUCUCCAAAGCUCGCUAUGCCAUGGGUGCUAAGUCGGUAGGGCCCCUGCAAUAUGCCUCCCGCAUGGAGCCCCAAGUCUGCGUCUGCACCAACGAGGCGCAAAAUGGACUCCAGAAGUUUCGUGUGUUAAGAUCUGGCUCCCAGAUUCCAGAGGAGGUGGGACCCUGUGAGGCAGCUCUGCGAAGGCGCAAGGGCCUUACUAGGAUUCCAGAGCCCGAGCCCUUCUCAGCCUCUCCAAACCCUCUGAACUGGUUUGGAAUCCUGGUUCCACAUAGUCUACGGCAGGCCCAAGCCAGCUUCCAGGAGGGCCUGCAGCUGGCUGUAGAUAUGGCCAGUCUCCAGAUCCAAAUCAACUGGGGUCAAAGCCAGCUUCGGGGGCUCCAGGAGAAACUCAAGCAGCUUGGGCUUGGGGCUGCCUAACCUGUGGCCACAGAAAAAGACCGAGUUCAGUUGUUCUUCGAUAUGGUUGCUUUAUUUCAGGCCUUCUUCCUUCACAGCUUGCUUGGCCCCUAUCACUACCACCCCAUCCCAGACAGCUAAUUCCCACCCACCAACCCCCACACAAACACAACUUAAAAUUUCUUCAGUCUGCUGUUUCCAACUUUGUUAAAUGUGAAAGUUUAAAGAGGCAAACUGAGUAAUGUUCAAAGUCACUACUAUGAAACCACUUCCUGUCUUUGUUCUAGGACACACUCAAAUGGGGAGGGUCAAAGCUGAUAGGUUAGUUUAUAUUAGGGAGCAACAGAGCAAUCUCAUGCAUAAAUCACUGCAGGAUAAGUAGUGCACAGCUAGUGGCAGAAAUAGAUGCUUCAGUUUCACUAGAUCCUCAAAACUGAUUUUGAUGGAAAG